AUGAAUGGAGAAGAGCCACGACGACGACGGAUGACAAUUCUGAUGCUUCCUAAUGAUUUGGUAUAUAACUGCUUAGCCCGCGUCUCAAGAUUGCAUUACCUAACUCUUUCUUUAGUCUCCAAGAGAUUCCGCUCUCUCCUUGCUUCAUCUGAACUUUAUCAGACCCGAACCCUUCUAAACCGCACGGAGAGUUGUCUUUAUGUGUGUUUACGCCUAUGUACCGGCUCUCAGCCACUACGUUGGUUCACGCUCUGUCGGGUACCAUCUAACUCCAAAAAGUUUUUGGUCCCUAUUUCAUCUCCUAGUUCUCCAUCUGCAUUGUGGUCGAAUGCUGUAAUGGUUGGUCCUAACAUCUACACUAUUGGAGGAUUAGUGAAUAAGAAUGCUUCGUCUAGCGUCACGGUCAUGGAUUGUCGUUCUCACACAUGGCGUGAGGCAGCACCUAUGCGUGUGGCCCGUGUGUUCCAAUCUUCUUGCGUCCUUGAUGGAAAAAUAUAUGUAACAGGAGGCUGCGAAAAUCUUGAUUUAACGAACUGGAUGGAGGUUUUUGAUACGAAGGCCCAAACUUGGGAGUUUUUGCAGAUCCCUAACGAGGAGAUAUUUGGAGGUGCUGAAUACAAUAGCAUCGGAUAUGAAGGAACUGUCUAUGUGAGGUCUGAUGACAAGGAUGUGACUUACAAGCUUCAUAAAGGCAGAUGGACAACCGCAGACUUAGCGAUAAAUAGUGGAUGGGCUCGAUCAUCAUCUUAUUGUGUGAUAGAAAAGGUGUUCUACCGCUCUGGUGGUAAAACGAUCGAGUGGUAUGAUUCGAAAGAAAGAUCAUGGAAAAUUUUGAAAGGUUUGGAAAAAUUACAUACGUUAACUCGUUUUGCUCAUCUUAACUUGGUGAAUUAUGGUGGUAAAAUGGUAGUUGUGUGGGAAAAGUAUGUGGUGGAUAAGAACCAUAAAGAGACAAUGAUUUGGUGUGCGGAAAUUGCGAUUGAAAAACGCCAAAAGAGAGAGAUUUGGGGAAUGCUGGAGUGGGUUGACAUUGUACUGUCCAUUGAGUCAUAUGGUUUAGUGCAUGUUCUUGCUAAUACCAUUUGA